UGGUAGAGGAAUAAGUGUGUUUAGGAGGAGGCGCAUUACACGAAGCAAGAGAAGAGGUCUGGCCUCAGCAGUAAUGGGUGGUCAGUUCACUGAUUAACAAUGGGGCGCACGUGCUGGCUUGGACACAUCAUAACCGGUGGUUCCAUGCAGAAUGAUACUAAAGUUUCUCCAAAGGUCAAGAAGGAAUCAUGGUGGUGGUGGUCAAGACUGACCUUAUACCUCUGUGUCGGAAUAGUGGCUGGAUUAUGUUACAUAAACUCUCUCUACGGAGACUUUGUCCACGAUGAUAUUGUAGCCGUGACAACCAACCCCGAUGUCUUGGGAAAAACGUCUUUGGUUCAAGUUUUCCUUGCCGACUUUUGGGGUAAGCCCAUGUCAGACCCAUCAAGCCAUAAGUCAUACAGACCCCUGACUGUCCUGACAUUCAGGUGGAACAUGCUGAUUGGAGGAGAAUGUUUGUUCAGUUAA